AUGGCUGAAGGUUUGGGGGAAAGAGAGAUAGAUCUCCUUUUGGAUGAUGAGAUGGAGGAUUCUCCACAAAGAGAUGGCAAUUCUGCCAAUUUGACACCGCCACCUGCUCCUCGUGGUCAAGGUGGUUCUCCUCCCCGGGGUGGUGGAGAUACAGGAAGAGGAGGUGAAGUGGACAUGGGUCGUCAUCACAAUGAUGUAGGUGGGGACGAAUCUGGUGUACGUGAUGACGACCGAGAUAAUGCUUAUGGAGCCGGAGGAGCUGUAGAGCCACACCAGGGAUGGGGAAGAGGCAGGGGAGUUGGAGAAGGUAGGGGAGAUGGAAGAGGAGAAAACAGGGGAGGUGGAAGAUCUAGAGGAGGAAGCAGGGGAGGUGGACAAGGCAGGGGAGGUGGACGAGGCAGGGGAGGUGGACGAGGCAGGGGAGGUGGACGAGGCAGGGGAGGUGGACGAGGCAGGGGAGGUGGACGAGGCAGGGGAGGUGGACGAGGACUAGGUCAUGGUGGUGGAAGAUGGAGAGGAAGAGGACAAGGAAGAGGGAGGGGAUUUUACAGCCAACAUAGCCAGUGGAGAGGAGACACCACAGUUACUGAAUUGGAACUGCUACUGCAAAUACUUAGUUAUAUUAUAAAUAAUAGUAAUAGACGUAGUUAG